AUGAUCGGCGAGAAGACGGCCAAGCCCGACACGAUCAAGUCUGCGGUGAACACGGUCCGCUUCGGGAACGUCAUCUCCUGCGCUGAUAUCUUGGCAGUUGCUGCUCGCGAUUCGAUUGUUGGGCUGGGAGGAACCUCGUACGACGUGCUCCUCGGCCGGCGCGACGCGACUACGGCGAGCAUCGACGACGCGAACAACGACAUCCCGACACCGUUCAUGCACCUGCCGGCGCUGCUGGCCAACUUCCAGCCCCACGGCCUCUCACCCCACGACGUCGUCGUGCUCUCCGGCGGGCACACGCUGGGCUGUUCCGGUGCCUCUUCUCCGCAGCCGGCUGUACAACGAGACCAACACGCUGGACCCAGCUGCUGCUCAACCGUGCGUUAA